UGCAAUCCAUUGUGACAAUAUUUUGUCCAGGAAAGAACACGGCAGCUUAAUCAUCGCAGUUGAAAAUCCCCUCUUUGUGAAUAGUUCGUCAAUCCGAAGUGCAGCGUAAUUUAUUACGAGAAGUAAAAGGACGAUACAUUUGAAAGCACGAAAAAUGACUAGUGAAUUGGAGGACGAAAGUUACGUGAUUCAAAUCCGUGCCAAACUCAAUCAACAGAAGGUAAAACUUUGGGAGCUUCCGUAUUACAAUGCUGCAACCACAGAAAGUUCUAUUUCCGAAAUGGAGAAACUGGCUAUAGAUUAUCAUGAAGAAUUGAAUAUAUCAGUGAAGGACUGCCUGCAAGCUAUCAAAAAAUUACAACAAAAUGCAUUGGAUAAGCUAAAGAGUAAAACCGAAUUUACACAAACUGGCCUGGCAACGUUGAAAAUUAGGACACCCAUGAUGCAUGAUGCCAAUAAUAAACUGUUCGAUGUGAAGAUUAAAAUCGCCUCGAAAGCACAGGACCUUGCUGAUAUUGUUGCGAAAAGAUUAACAAUCGAUGCCCUCAGAAUAAAGUUAGUUUGUGCAGGAAAACUGCUGAACCCUAGUAAAACCCUUUCGGAGCAAAAUGUUCCAAACGGGGCCACCGUUAUGGCAUUGGUAAUGAUGCAAAGCGUUGAUGCCGCCCAGAAAGAAAAUGGUUUAUAUGAUCGUGUACACAAAAUUAGGACCGAUGCUGAACUGCUUAUCAACGAUAAUGAUCAAUCGGAUUUUCUCAGUUUGGAAGAUCAAGACGGAAAUGCAAUUCAUCUUCCCAAGACUGAGAAAAAAUCCCUUUUGAUGGCGCUAACUUUGUAUGAGAAAGGAAAAGUAGCGCUAAGGAAGGAUAAUUUUGAAGAAGCACUUCUAUUAUUUCUAGAAGCUGAUAAUGAUUUUCGGUCUUGCAACUCCCAGCUACUGACAGUGGUCGACAACUAUGCUCUUCUGAAUUUGGACAUAGUUUGGUGUUAUCUUUGCCUUAAGAACAUUAACCAACUACCUGACGCCGAACAGCGAUUACGAUUAUGCGGGGAGAAAUUUCAGCAAAGCUACGGGGAGAAUAUGCAUCGAGCCGCAACAAUCAGAGGAACCCAGCGAUGCAGUGAGAAGGCUUUAUUACUUAGACUACAUUUAUUGAAAGCGGUCCUGUAUUUCCACCAAAACAAACGAGAAGAGGCUAGGGUAAUGUUUCAAGUGGUAGAAACCGAACUUCAGAGUCUGAAAGUUGAUGAUGCUUCGUUAACCACUUUACUCGAAUUCGGAUUUGAGCUGUCCGAGUCUCGAAUAGCUCUGAGAGCAACGUCGAAUAAUGUAGAAGCUGCCAUCGACUUCAUAAACAAUAGGAGAGAAAUGUUAACUGCAAACGAGAAAAAGUCUAAACGGGAGAAGACGUUGUAUAAAAAAAUUGGUUUCGAGCAUGCUGAUGAAGUCCACAUAAACGUUGAUUUGGUUGAUCAGCUUGUUGAAAUGGGCUAUUCUGAAUCGUUGGCUGCCAUGGCUUUGAAGAAGUCUAAAAAUAAUAUCUUGGACGCUCUAAACGAACUUCAAAAUAAUCAUGAUCAGCUGAAAACCGAACUUACGAAUAGCCUCACCCCGUCCGAGGAUCUCAUCGACAAACUUAUUGAUUUAGGGUUUCACAAGGAAGCAGCAGUGACAGCUCUUCGCCAAACUAUCAACAACUUUGAAGAGGCCGUUGAGUUUCUCGUAGCAGCACAAAACAACAACAGUUACGACAGUUUGCUAACCGAGCAGGAAUCGCUGAAUGCUCCACUUCCAACAAGCACAGAGACGGUUGGUACGGUACCAUCCGGAUCAGAACAACCAGCAGGACCGUCUCGUAAAAGGGCCAAGAACGAUAGGAAUAACGCAAAGAAGGAAAUGAUGGACAUUUUGUACAAAAGCUUCUCCAAGGACAUGAAGACUAACAGUGAUACUUAUCUGGAUCUAUCUUUGGUCGAGGAAGCAGCUGUUUUGGAUGAAUACAAGAAGUUGCUGAACAUGUAGGCUGGCCAGUGAAUGCUAAAACGCCAUUAUGCUGCAAUAAAGUUUUUAUUUAUUCAAAUUUUAUAUUCAUAGGUAUACGAUGUAUCUAUAUUAAUAAUCAAUUUAUGCAAACGUAAGAA